GUUUAUUUUUCAGCUCCUCCUUGCUCGAGCUGUCGUUACCUGUGAAACGGUUUGUUGUUCUGUCUGUCAGGAGUUUUACUCAGACAUGGUUUUUCUCUGUUUAUUUGCACACUCGCUGCUGUUCUAUCAGGCUUUCGCGUCUGAAGAGCAUCAGUCUACGAUGCUUGGAGGUGAUGCCACUCUUCAGUGUCAGGCUCCCAGAGGUGCAGUCAUCACUGUGCUGGAGUGGCGCAAACGUGACCUGAGUUCAGAGGAUUACGUCUUCUUCUACCGCAACGACCGCUCGUACGAGAAGUACCAGCAUCCGUCUUUCAGAGGCCGAGUCGAGCUGUUAGAGCCCUCCAUGAAGGACGGAGAUGUUUCCAUCGUUCUGAAGAACGUCACCUUCAACGAUGCCGGAACGUACUGGUGUCGGAUUAUAAUGAGAAACACAGGAAACGGUGACAGAGUCUUCAAUGAGGACAGGUCCCUCACAGUCACAGAGCCAGAUCACACAGAAGAGGUCAGGAUGGCUGUCGGACACCUCGGAAAAGCAGUUCAGAAUCAGGACGCUGAGGAUGCAGAAAGUGUGACACGUGUUGCAGUCGGACUUGGAGCCGGAGCUGUUUGUGUUGUUUUUUUGGUUGUUGUUGCUUUUGUGGUCUAUAGAAAAAGACACACAUCCCCAAAGUCAAAGUCAUGUGAAUGUCCUGGAACAGUUGAUGAACACAAAAUUGAAUCACAACAGAUGAUUGGCUAAAGAAACUACUUUGAGAAGCAGUUUGAAAGAAGAAUACUGACUAAAUAACUGUGAACUAAUCUUUUAUUUCUCUGCUUUGGCAGAAAAAAGCAGGCUGUGAAACUCUGCAUCUGCAAACAUCCUUCAUAGUUUGAGCACUUUAUAUAAAACAGAGCAUUACAUAAAUGAUAAAACUACUUUUCAUUCCUUUUUUAUGUUUCGGUUUCUGUACAUUUGAGCCUGAGAAUGAAUGUUUGCCUUAAAACCUCUGAAACCAAACAGACCUGCUGGGCUCAGACUUUAGACCACAAGUGCAGCGGUCACAUGAUCAGCAUGAGCUCAGCAGAAAUGUACAAAUCAGCAUGUUUUAGUCUGCACCUUCAGUUAGCCCAGAGCUGAAUAGUUUUGUUUAUACUGACUGUCUCUUUUCUAAUCAGAAGCAUUAUAAAUGAAACUGUACAUGUGUAGCUUGUUCAGUAGGAGUGAUGUAGUGAUGUGUAACACUGUGGCGACUGGCUACAGUUUUGGAUUAUUGGUUCUUGUAAAGUACAUGUUUGUAGGGUGUGACUGCUCUGUGCACAGUUUUAUGUACUCGUGAUAAUAAAACACUGAAACAAA